UUUUGGUGUACUUAUGUGGGAAAUAAUGACCAUGGGCGGUGUGCCAUAUCCUUCGAUUGAUAGCACAAAUAAUUUGUUCGAUUACUUGCGUAGUGGGAAUCGUAUGGAAAAACCUCCGGAGUGCUCAAUGGAAGUGUACCUCAUCAUGCGGAAUUGUUGGAGCUAUGACCCGAACGACCGACCAGUUUUCUCAGAUUUAGUUAAAACUUUGCAUGAUUUACUGAUGAAGAGCGAAAAAAAAUUGUAUCCCAAUGCGUCAAAUUUGAGCCGUACAUCCGAGUUUUCGAUGUCAAGUGACGAUAGCGAAGAUGAAAACGACAUUUUAUUAAGAUACAACAAUGAUGCAGGUUCUGUGGCGAUGCUGAGUUUUACUGAAGUGAAAUUAUGGGACGAAGAAGAAACGAAACAAUUUUCUUCUUUGGGGCCAUUGAAAAUAAGUCAAAACGAAACGAAUAAUAUUAUUAUCUGAGUUAAAAAUUGGUUGCAUCUAGGUAAUAGUAGGUACAUAUAUGGGAUUCCUUAUUCAAAAUUUGAUAAUGCCAAUUUUUUUUAUGAAUCCUAGCAAUUUUAAAAUAUUGGAAAAAUUUCCCUGAUUGGUGGAUCAGUUAUUGGUACCUAGUCUUAAUUUCAUCAUACUACCAAAAUGGUUGGGAAAAAAGUUUGAAAAAUUUCCCAUUAUUGACAUUAAGUUUAAGGUGUUGAAUAUUAACUCCUUAAUUUUCAAAUUUUCAAACACUUUUGCGAUCAUUUUGAUCAAUUUUUCAAAAUUUAUAUUUUUUUACUUAUUUUAGUGGGGUUGGCACUGGAAAAAAUCCAAGAUUAAGUGGAUAAUGAACCACUUUUUAAAAAGUAACUCCACUUGAGGACCCUCGUACUUCGAGUGGAAGACUAUUCAGAAAAAUUUAUUUUUAUUUUUUUUUUGUGUAUUUUGCUGUAGUUUUUCUCAAUUGAGUACCUAAUUUUAACAAUUUUUCCACCAAAUGUUAUGAACCAGAUUUACAUCCACGUAAAAAAAACAACUUGGUUUUUAGAGCUAAAAAGUUCUAAUUGAAGAAGAAGGCGAUUUUGAGGCAAGCACCUAACUAUUUCAUGCUAUAAUUAUUUCAAUUAGAAAUACUUAUUAGUAUGUUUGAGAUAUUGCAGAAAAGUUUAAACUAAGAUCAAUUUGCCUGACUAUUUAUGCAAAAACUUCAAAAUUUCAGGGGUUUAGAGCAAUGAAAGGGGGGGGGGGUAGAUUUUCACAUUACCUAAUUUUUAUAAUUUUUUUCAUUUUAUGAGCCAUAUAUGUACCUACAACAACUUAGGAUAGGGCCUCCCUCUUAUGAAAAACUUAAUUUCCUCUUAGAAAACUUGGAUGAUAAGUUGAUCCGAGUAAGUCCCUGAUUUAUUAAGAAGGUACCUAGAUAAUAUCUGAAUUGCAUUCUGAAGCUGUAAAGCGAAUAAUAAUUAUCGAAUAUGUUUGUAUGUACUUCGUACUGAGCGAGAGAUGUGCGCACAGUCUACAUCGUUGAUUUGCCUUCCUUCCCGAAGAUAGCCACAUCCAGUUUCAAUUUUACUGUCAAAAAGACUAGAAUUCUUAUUAUUUUUAACCACACCUACACAUUAGGUAGUAUAUUGUGUAGACAGUCCUAAGUCUGCUCAAAGUGGGAAGGAAAAUAUUCAAAAAAUCAUUAUUCAGUUAAAAACUUCAGAAUGUAAUUCAAAUAUGCCCUUAGAGAGUUUCGAUUUGCCAUUUUGAAGAUCAACUUCCCAGUCGCUCUUCCUUCCUUCUCAAGUUUACAAUUGUCAUGACUAGAGCUCACUUAAAUUAACCCAACGAGAGGAUUGGAAUUAAGGCCUUAUUUGGUGUGCAAAUUUGAGGUGUGGUUCACAUAACACAUAACUAUGCGCCUAUUCAAAUGAAUCAAAGUUUAAAAUUACAAGUAGAUAGGUACCUACUUGGUGUUGAUUUUGAAAAAAUGUCUUUCCUACAGAUUAAUUUUCAUUUCAAAUUUUAAUAAGUAUUUUAAUUCGUCCUUUAAUAACGAACAUCGUGUCAGAAAAAUAAUGAUAUCACCUUUCAACACUCAAAAAAAAUCUCACGAUGAUAAUUUUUUUUUACCACAUUUGCCAGCAAUACAAAAUAAGUUCACGUUGAGUAAUCGUCGUUUUCAAUUUACAUAUUUAUAACUACCUAGUUUUGCGAUGUCGAAACAAAUGAUUUUAAUUGCUCCUCAUUAGUCAUUAAUUACUGAAGAUUUCGGUGAAAAUAAACGAUCAUUAUUUCGUUCGAAUUUCAUGCCGCAGUGUACAAAAUUAUGAUACCUAAACCUACCCUGAUUAUAACUAAAAUUUUUAAAUUCUCUCGGACGAAAUUUUUUUUUCAUAGUGCUUUCGACUUUCUUAAUAACGAAGUCUAGAAGGAGCAGGGGAUACUGUUACGAAGUAUUACUUUUCAUCAUGUGGUAAAGUUGCCUUCAGCUAUAAUUCGAUUACAGUAAUAGGUAUCUUGUACAUCGAGUAAAAUUCAUUAUGUUUAUGGAACAUUCAACAGACGAACGCUCAUAGAUAAACGAAUUUAUUACGAUUUUAAACGAACGAGACAACUCUCGUUUUCAUGUCGAUAAAGCGUUUUACUCAAUUUAGUGCAUCGCCGAAUGGCCUCGGACUGAUUUUUGAUCGUUUUUGUUUAUUAACGAGGGAAAGUGAAUGCAGAAUGUAAAUCAAUUUUGUACCUUAUCUGAAAUUAAGUAUGUAGGUUUCUUAUUCCUAGAUGCAUUGUAAGACCGAUAGGUAAAGGUUCGAGCUAUGUUAUUUUUUACAUGGGGAUAAAUGCUCACUGCCCACCUAAAUUUAUUUUAUCUACUCAAUGAUCUCGUGAAUGAUACAUUCGUAUUUUAUAUUUGGCAUGCUUUUCGUUUUUAUUGUUCCUUUUUAACAGUUUGGUUGUGUAUAGCUCUACUUGAUUGAAAAUUUGUUCAUAUUUUUAUUUUUCUGACCUUUUCUAUGGUUAAUAUUUGUAAAUUACCUAGUUCAUUUUUUUAAAAAAAGUUUCCUUUUUAAUAGGUAUGUAGAUUAAUUCUCUUAAGCUAGAUCUUAUGGCAACUUUUCGAUAUUUUCAAAAUUUACUUUAGAGGAACUGCUCACCAGCAUGUGUCCCACAAAAAAUUCCUUGUACGAGUAUAGUGUAUCAAGUUUUUUAAUAUUAGCGGUUACGACUCGAGUUACUCUAUUUAUUUUUAAUCAGUUUUUAUAUUUUGAUAAUUCUUUGUGUUCUUAUCUAUUAUUAUUUUGUUUUUCCUUCCAGGAUUUGUAGAUUUUAAAUGUACUACAUGAAAUGAAUUACUUAAAUUAUUAUUACUGUAAGUUAUAUUCUUACACAAAGCAGGGUAUCUACAGUAUUUUCUCAAUUUCUAAUGUUUAUAGUUAUUUUUUUCAUAACUUAUUUUUUACAUUACUUUUUUUUCAAGCUUGUCUUAUAUUAUUUUGCUUUUUCAAUCAUUGGGUGUUCGUGUUCCUUUUUCUCUCUUCGGUUGUGACUACACACAUUAUUUAUAUCCUACCUCAUGUUUUACACUCAUGGAAGUUCGUGUUCAUUCAUUUUUUUAAAUGUCUUAUAAUUUAGUUUGUACGCUAUUUUUUUAAUUGUUUCAUCUGAUUAGUUUUAUUGAACGUAUACUUACUGUAAAUUAUUUUUUAGAAAUGUACCAAAAAUGUGUGUUUUUUUAAAACCAUUUGUGUAGGUAUUUUUUUAUGUACAAUUGUAUCAAGUUAUGUGUACACAGGAUGUCCAAGAAUAAGGGUUUUGAUACGGUUAUGUUUUGUUAAGCCAAAAUGGGAAACAAAUUUCCCCAAGUAAAAAUUGAAAAAUUGAAUAGGUAACAAUUGAAAAAAUCUGCGUUUGAGUUAUUGUUUCAGUACAAAAUGAAAGCUUCUCUCGUGUUUCAUUGAAACAAUCAUUCAAACGCCCAUUUUUUCUAACGAUUUUUUAAUUUUCCAAUUUUCAAGAAGAGAAUUUUCUCUCCUAAGUGUGAUAAAUAGUCACGUAUUUCUUCAUCAAACUUGGUCAAAUUUAACUCAAAAAAAAAAAAAAAAUGAAAAAUGGGUGUUAAUUUUCCCCUGUAAGAAAAGUUUUGAAUUGUGGAUGUGUCUUUUGUUUAAGUUGACUUGAUUUUUAGAAUUCUAAAUUUUUUUUAAAAAAAAAGGUCUAACGAAAUAGGUACCUAUCAAAAAGAAAUUUUUGAAAUUUUGACUUGAUUUUUAUAGGUUAUAGGUAAUUGAUUUUUAUCCCCCCCUAGCUACAGGGUGCCCAGAAAUAUUGAGUACCCCUAAGAAAGUUUUUUCAUUAAAAAUAUAGGUUGGCAACGUGAAAUAGAUACAUAUGAUUGGUGGAAUGUUAUCUCUCCAGUCCAACAACCAAUCAUGUGUUAUCAUUAUUUUCAUUCACUGUGACCAACCAAAGUAUUUAUUUAUUUAUUUAUUUAUUUAUUUUACAAUUUAGGUCUCUCCAACAGCAUAGGCCAAUUACAGGAGAGACCAUUUAUAGCUAAAAGAUAAAACUAAAAAAAAAAAAAAGAAAACUGAAAAACUGUUUUUUAGUAGAAAACUUUUUUAGGGGUACUCGAUAUUUCUGGGCACCCUGUAUAAGCGGUCUCUCGUGUAAUUGGCUUUCAACUGUUGGAGAGACCUAAAUUGUAAAAUAAAAUAAAGUAAAGUUUUCAAAAGUCAACCGAAUUUCUUCAAAUCGACAGGUUUCACCUGGGCUACGCCUUAUGAUAGAACUCCACAAAGUGAAACUACCCCAAUAAACCACAAGACCAAAUACUAUCAACUGACAAUACUGGCAACUCCAUUUAAAAUACAUUGAGCGUUUUUGUCGCAGUAAUAGCGCGAUCUGAACGGCCUGGGUAAAAACUAACUCUUAUCAAAAAUGCUCUGAUUGGUUAGUUUAUAAUUGGUUUGAAUCUCGCGCGUCCGCGAAAUUCAAAUAAGCAAAUCAGAUGCUUGGGGUAGUUGUGGUAUGAUUUAGUUUCACCCUAGGCCGCUAGGAGGCUAAAACACCAUUUUUCGAUGGAGUUGCCAGUAUUGUCAGUUGAUAGUAUUUGACAAGACAUACAAGUAUAGUGUUAUGCUUUAUUGGUAAGUAGUGCACAUGCAUAGAUGGUUAUACCAGUGUACGCGAUACCUGACCUACUGUCAGUUUCUGCUGAGCGUCUAGUUAUGAGUAGGGCGAAUAGCGCCAUCUAUCGAUAUUUUAAUGUAGAGAUAGUUUUGAGGAAGAUCGAUCACGUUGUAAUAAUUAAUAAUGAUGUUUUUUAUACUGAAUUAAAGAUGACGAUUUU